UUUAUAGUUGAGGGCUUCCUCUGUGCAUUUUUACCUCCUCUUUUCUACACCCCCCUCUCUCUCUGUCCCCUACCUCGCCAUUAAUGGCGCCUAGCCCACCCCAAGAAGAAGCGGAGAGGGAAAAAGAAGAAGAGGAGGCGGAGGAGGAGGAGGAAGAGGAGGAGGAGGAAGAGGAGGGAGAAGAAGCUCCUUCACAUCUCCCCUUCGCUCCAUCUUCUGAGCUAUUUGACAUAUCAACAACAGUUGAUCCCAGCUAUAUAAUCUCUCGCAUUCGACUGCUCUUGCCUCGUGAUACGAAGAAACAGGAAGAGUCUCAGGAGAGCAGUGCCAAGCUGGAUUUGGGAGAAGAAAGAAAUGGUGGUUUUGAUGAUGGGCAGUCUGGACUUUCAGAAACUAUAGACCCUUGGGAAGAAUGUGGCUGUGUCCUAUGGGAUCUAGCGGCUAGCAAAACUCAGGCUGAAGUUAUGGUGAACAAUCUUGUGCUUGAAGUGCUUUUAGCGAAUCUUCAUGUCUCAAAAUCUUUCCGAGUGAAGGAAAUUUGCUUGGGAAUUAUUGGGAACCUAGCUUGUCAUGAAGUCGUAACGAAUGCAAUAAUUUCUCAAAAUGGCCUGAUUGAAACAGUUGUUGAGCAGUUGUUUCUAGAUGACUCUUCUUGUCUUUUGGAAACAUUCAGGCUACUUGCUGUGGCUCUUCAAGGAAGUGCAUUUGCUUCUUGGGCUGAAGCUCUCUUACCUGAUCAGAUUAUUCUUCGAAUCUUAUGGAUUGUUGGGAACACAAUGAAUUCCACAUUAUUCGAAAAGUGCAUAGACUUUUUGUUAACUGUGGUUGAUAAUGAAGAAGUAGCAAGUAUGCUUCUUCAACCUUUGAUGAAGUUGGGAUUGCUGGAUGUUGUUGUCAGUCUAUUAACAUGUGAGAUUGAAAAAUCGGGAGGUGACGCCAAGCUUGAAAGGUCUGAUGUUCUUAAUCAGCUUCUUCGCUUAAUUGAAGCACUCUCCGCUGUAGACAUUUGUUCACAAGUAAUGUCUUCAAAUGAGCAACUACUUAAUUUGGUCUGUGGCAUAGUCAAGCUACCUGAUAAAUUUGAGGCAGCGAGCUCCUGCAUUUCUGCAGUAAUGAUAUUGGCAAAUCUUUUACCUGAUGGGAAGCAUCUAAUCCUAGGCCUUUCAAAAGAUUUUCACUUCCUCCAAGGCUUGUUCGAUAUCUUACCUUUAGUUUCCGAUGAUUCCCAAGCUCGAAAUGCACUAUGGUGUACCCUAGCAAGAUUGUUGAUUCAAAUAGAUGAUAAUAAUAGUUCGACAGAUCUACACCAGUUUGCAUCGAUUUUCUUAGAAAAGGCCAGCCUUAUUGAAGAAGAUCUCGAAAGCCAUUCAAUGGAUAAAUUGGACGAAGACGUAAACUCUAGCGCUUAUGUGAAGUUAUAUGGAGUUACUACAUCUCUUAGCAAAAUUGCUGGUAUUAUGGAGAAAUGGAUAACGGGGAAGGCGAGCUUAUCGGGAAAAGAUGUUUCAGAGACUCAUGGUGCGGUCCGAAAGGCUCAAAAGUUCGUCGACUACUGUAGAAACUAUGGCUUGUAGCUUGCCAAGUAUGUAUAUAUUUAAUAUAUUUGAAGCUCAAAAGGAAAAGAAAUGUAUGUUAUUACUUGGCAAAUUAUCUGUGUCCCCCUUAGGUGAGUGUCUUUUAUAUGUUACUUUUCCUUCAAUUCAGUUAUGUAAACUUUUAAAGUUUUUUUGGCAACUGUAGCUCAUAUUGAUAUCGGUACUUUUACUUGGGGAAAUUAAUUAUUAAACUAACAAGGUCAAUUACAACGGUAUUA